GCCAGUCGUCCCAGUAGUGUCAAGAUCCUCGACCGAAACAGAGGAAUGGCAAGAGGACAUCUCACUGGAGGCCACAGGAUCUCUGUGAAACCAGCAGGACACAAUACAUGGAGAGAUGACCAACCAAUCACUGUUGAUGAGGGGAGUGGAACCGCAACCCAUCAUGUUAUUGUGAUAGAGUCUGUAGAUGCUGAGGAUGCAGGGCCUGGGAUCAAGCUGGAGAGGUCUGAAGGAGAGGACCCAGGGCAAAGCACAGACAUCCAGACUGGAGCGGCUGGAGUGCUCCCUGUAGCCACGGAGGACCCCACCCCCACGCCGCCAAGAACCCGACGCAGCAUCACGGAGGUCAGUGGAACGCCGAACGCUGUCCUCAAGUCCGAGACAGACACUGAGACCUUAACUGUAGCACACCGGCUUUUACACACAGGAUCUGGCCACAGAUCUGAUCCAGAGAGACUGGGGCCACUGGGCUGUCCUCCUGCUCCUGGCACAGAGUAUUUACCGGUAUUUCACCAGAGCCAGAAGACGGUUAAUUCCUGUGGAAAUACUGAUGGUGAUGCGUUAGACUCUGGUGGUGAUGAUGAUGAUCUGUCUUGUUUUUACACUACAGAGAUGGACUCUGGCAACAUAUCCUUGGGUUUAGAGACACAGACUGAUCUGUCUAGAGGGGACUGGAACCAGUACAGUAGUAGUGUAUACUCUGAAGGGUGCCUAGAUAAGAAAGGGGAGGUCAUAGCGGUAGAUGAUGUGACUGUCAAAGUGGAGGGCGACACUCCUCUUACAUGGAAUGCAGACGAGACUCACUUAGGAGAAGGACACUCACAAGAUUUCUUAGAUUACAGGGAAAGCGAGACAAAUCCAAAUGAGACAAAUCCAAAUGUCUCGAGCCACUCCCCUGUACGCACGCUCAGGGAUCGAGCCCCAGUGUCCACGUCGAAGGGGCCUUCUGAUUCACACUGCCGCGUCCUUUUCGAUCAGGUAUUGAACUCAAACGACAGGGCUAGAGCUCAGGGAGGGGGAAACACAGGCAGUAGUAAAGAGAAACGCUUCCUCUGCAUGUUCUGUAACAAAGGCUUCAGCUGCCUCCAGAAAGUGGAGAUCCACCAGAGGGUCCACACAGGGGUGAAACCCUUCAGCUGUACCCAGUGUGAUAUGCGCUUCGCUGAGGCUGGCAGCCUGAAGAGGCACCAGAGGGUCCACACAGGGGAGAAACCCUACAGCUGCCCCCAGUGUCACAUGCGCUUUACCCAGGCUGGCAGCCUGAAGAGACACCUGAAGGUCCACAUGGGAGAAAGGCUGUUCGUCUGAGGUUCUCAGAGAGGAGCUACCUCGGGAUACCCCAGCAGAAAAACUAUUCCACUUUAUAGCUUAUUGCGUUUAUAUCAAACCAUGCUAAGAUUACUUUUCAUUGUAGUGGGCAGAAAAGAUCCACGGAUGCAUUUUGAAUUACGAGAGUAAAAGAUUUCAGUGUUGAAUAUUCCUGGGUAGAAUAUUGCAUCCAGACAUUGUGUGAUAUACACUGAGUGUACAAAACAUUAUGAACACAUCGCUAAUAUUGAAUUGCACCCACCCCCUUUGCCCUCAAAACAACCUCAAUUAGUCGGGACGUGGACUUGAAAGCGUUCCACACGGAUGCUGGCCCAUGUUGACUCCAAUGCUUCCCACAGUUGCGUCAAGUUGGCUGGAUGUCUUUUGGGUGGUGGACCAUUCUUGAUACACACGGAUAACUGUUGAGCGUGAAAGACCCAGCAGCG